AUGGAAGGCUUUGGUGGACCCGAUCGAGUAGAGAACGCAAUGUGUGACGAUGACUCUGAGCAGGAGCCUGUUGAUAUCGCAGGGGACAGUGACGAUGACACAGGUGCAAAUCCACAUACGCAGCAUAUGCCUUCAAGUUCUGCCUCUCAACAGUACCCUCCACACUUCUCGACACUAAACUUGGAUGCUCUGGCUCAACAGGAGGACGGAGAUCGGGCAAUCAUCAAAAAGGAAGAAGCUGUGCUGAGUGUGAAGGACUAUAGCAUCCGGCGAGGUGUUGAGUACAGAGUCAUUGAAUCAGAUCAUCUGAAGUAUCAUGGAAAAUGCAAGGAAUUCGAGAAGGGUUGUAGUUGGUUGAUUCGAGUAGCCCUGCGUGCACGCAAGGGCACUUGGGAGGUUAGGAGGUACAACGGGCCACACACAUGCUUGGCAACGUCUAUUUCGAGUGAUCACCGCCAGCUGGAUUACCACGUUAUCUGUGCGAGGAUUCUUCCGUUGGUUAGGGCAGACGCUGCGGUUACGGUAAAGGUUUUGCAAGCUACAGAAGCUGAUUACGGGUUCCGGCCUAGCUACAGGAAGGUCUGGAUGGCCAAGCAGAAGGCAGUGGCACAAUAUGGCGAUUGGGAAGAGUCGUACGCGGACCUGCCACGUUGGAUGUUAGGGGUCCAGUCAACAAUGCCUGGAACAAUCACGGUGUUGAAGACCUCUCCCGUUCGGCUUCGUGGUGAGAUUGACGAGUCGACGGUGUACUUUCACCGACUUUUCUGGACAUUUCCACCGUGCAUUGAGGCAUUCCGUCAUUGCAAGCCCCUUGUCAGUAUUGAUGGUACCCACCUGUAUGGUAAGUAUGGAGGAACGUUGCUGUUGGCAAUAGCGCAGGAUGGGAACUCGAACAUCCUGCCGAUUGCAUUUGCCCUUGUGGAGGGUGAGAAUGCAGAGUCGUGGUCAUUCUUCUUGUCCAACCUACGAGAGCAUGUAACUCCUCAAGAGGGUAUCCUUGUUAUCUCCGACAGGCAUAAUGGAAUCAAGGCAGCGCUUGAGGCACCGGAGAACGGCUGGCUCCCUCCCCGUGCUUUCCGAGCGUACUGA